UCGAGCAGAUUUGCUUAUCACCUUACGCUUGAAAAUGACAGCGUUAUAUCUAUUGCUAGCGUUCGCUCCGAUUUUGCCGAUUUUGUUAGGUGUAGUUUUAAUAAUCGCAAGAUUGAGGACGAAAUGGAAUAAAAGUCCAGUUUGUUUAGCCGGUAAAACGGUGAUAGUUACAGGCGCCAAUAGUGGGAUCGGAUUUUCGACGGCAUUCGAGUUCGCAAUACGAGGCGCAAAGGUGAUUUUGGCUUGCAGAAGUAUCCCCCUAGCGGAGAAAGCCAGGAAGAAAAUUGUGGAGGACACGCAAAAUCCCAACGUAUUUGUAAGGAUAGUGGAUCUCGCCUCGUUGAAAUCUGUUCGGGCGUUUGCUGCAGAAAUAAAUAAUUCCGAGGACCGGUUAGACAUUUUAGUUAAUAACGCCGGCGCUAUAAUGGAAGGUGGAAGGACGGUUGAUGGCCUCAGUAAAAAUUUACAAGUCAAUAGCUUAGGACCGUUUCUUCUUACUCUUCUUUUGAUAGAUUUGUUAAAGAGGACAAAAUCUAGCAGAAUUGUGAACGUUGGAUCGACAUCCAUUCACUACGCAAAACUGAAUAUCAACGAUUUAAAUUAUUUUUCUCCAUCCAUCUUUGCAAGAGUGUCCAUGUUCAAUUAUGCCAACUCUAAAUUAUGUAGCGUGAUACUGACAAAUGAAUUGGCGAGGAGGCUUAAAAGUAGCGGCGUUACCGUUAACACUGUCGAUCCAUGCUUAGUUUACACAGGAAUUGCGCGCGAAUGGAAUAUCCUAGGAAAAAUUAUGUGCGUAUGCGUUAAACUACUAUUGAGAAGUAGUAGAGAAGGAGCUCAGGGUUCCAUAUACGUGGCAAUUUCAAAAAAUCUUGACAAUGUAACAGGUAAAUUUUUCAUGAACUCGGUUGAGACUUCGGUGCCGAGUAUUGUCAAUAAUCAAAAGAUCGCGAAAGAGUUAUGGGAAAAUUGUUUAUCGUUUCUACAAGUAACGGACGAGGAGCGCUUAUCUAUACCGUGUAUUGAAAAGUAAUGUAAAAUGUAAAAUACCUACUAUUUUACAAGUUUAAGUUUAAGUAAUUAGUAUAAAUGUCGUAAAAGUAAACAACGACCCACGCGCACAAAAGAAGCAUUUAAUUCUUGUUAUUUUUUAAUUUUUGCAGCGUUGCCAUGACUAUUAAUGUACAACAUAUAAACAGGAACAACUAAUUCCCCACAUUAAUGCAGUCAACAAUUCUCGUUAUUGUGGUACUUUACCUUCGAAUUCUCCUUUCGCAAAUCCCACGCUAGUAAAUAAUUUGCCUGUGUAUAAAUUUACCUUGGUUGCUCUACCCCAUGGCUCUACCCAGCGUAUAUGCAUAUAAAUUAUACACACACAUCAGAAUUCCAUAUACUAACCAAUGCAAAUGUACUCCCAAGGAUUCACUACUGAAAAUCUGUGGAGGUCAACGCAACAUCGGAUUAGGACUGAAAACGUUAGAAGAUACCAUAAUCUAUUUUCUAUCUAUUUUGUAAUUCAGAACAAGUAAAGUUAAUAGUUUGGGGGGUACCGUGCAAUUUAUUUAGAUGUCAAUUUGUUUUAAUAUUACUUAACUGGGGGAAUUUUGUUUUGAACCAGUUGAUAUUUUAAUUUUGAAAGUUAUCCCAUUUAGGUACCCGAUUGUGUUGAUAUUUUAGCAAACAAUACUCAAGAAAUGUAGAAAAGGCAAUUUCAACCUUCACAAUCUUAUAUGAUGCAGCCGAUUACGUCUAUAGGAUUACGUUUUGUACAUUCUUUUUUUGAUAGUAAAUUAGCCCAAAUUAUUAAUAUAUAUAAUAUAUAAAUUAUUUGACAAAGGGAUUAAUGUGUAUUUCUUGGUAUAGACGCAAGAUGCAAGAUAUACCGUAUAAAUAAUCUGUGGUAUAGGUAAGUAUGUAAUAAACGUAAUUUUGACUUUGACCCGAUUGGGAUAUAGCCAAUAUAGGGCUACACCAUUGCGGCUAUAUACUUCUUGCAGAGUUAGCAUUGUCACGGUCUUUGAAGCUUGAAUUUCCGGCCAUUUGGAGCGAGCAAAGAAAUAAUGUCCUUGGAAUUGUCCUGCGAAAUCUAUAUGAAUUUUUUUUCAA